AUGAAAAAGCUGUUUGGUCUGUUUUUAUGGGGUGUUUUUGGAGGUGUAGUAGUGGCUGGGGCGGCAAGUGAAAGUAGUGGUACAACAAGGAAGCUUGAUCAAACACCAACAUGGGCAGUUGCUACUAUUUGUGCUGUUAUUAUCAUCGUUUCCAUUCUUUUGGAAAAAAUUCUUCACAAAGUCGGAACAUGGUUUACAGAAAAGCACAAGAAAGCUUUGUUUGAAGCCUUGGAGAAGGUUAAAGCUGGUAAAGAACUAAGCUUUAUUGGGAUUGUUGUGAGGAAUUCUGAGUAUGAAAUUAUUAUUGCAGAGCUGAUGAUUCUAGGGUUCAUUUCACUGCUUCUGACUUUUGGGCAGAAUCACAUUGCAAAAAUCUGUGUUCCCCAAAAUGUUGUAGGCACCAUGUGGCCUUGUAAGAAAAGAAGUGUAGAUGAAAAAAGUAGUAGCACCGAAGGAGAAGGGGAACAUCGCCGGAGACUGUUGUGGUUUGAUCGUAGAUUUCUAGCUGGUGCUGAGAGCGGAGUAAAAUGCAAGGAUGGGUACGAACAGCUCAUAUCUGUUGAAGGAUUGCAUGAAUUACACAUCCUCAUAUUCUUUUUAGCAUUCUUUCAUGUGUUAUUUAGUGUUAUUACUAUGACACUUGGGAGACUAAAGAGUCGUGCUUGGAAGCGGUGGGAGCUGGAGACUUUGUCCCAUAAUUAUGAGUUCUCAAAUGAUCCUUCAAGAUUCAGGCUUACUCACGAGACAUCUUUUGUGAGAGCACACACCAGUUUCUGGACUAAAAUUCCUUUCAUCUUUUACAUUGGAUGCUUCUUCCGACAAUUUUUCAAAUCUGUUAGCAGGUCUGACUACCUGACAUUGCGCAAUGGAUUCAUCACAGUCCAUUUAGCUCCUGGAAGUAAGUUUAACUUCCGAAAAUACCUCAAAAGGGCAUUGGAAGAUGACUUCAAGUUAGUUGUGGGAGUAAGUCCUGUUCUGUGGGCGUCCUUCGUUAUUUUCUUGCUUCUGAAUGUUAAUGGAUGGCAAGCUAUGUUCUGGGCUUCUAUAAUACCUGUGAUUAUUAUCCUAGCAGUUGGGACAAAACUUCAGGCCAUUUUGACGAAGAUGGCUCUUGAAAUCACUGACAGACAUGCAGUAGUCCAAGGGAUACCACUUGUGCAAGGCUCAGACAAAUAUUUCUGGUUUGGUCAGCCUCAGUUACUUCUUCAUCUUAUCCAUUUUGCUUUGUUUCAGAACGCAUUCCAGAUAACAUAUUUCCUCUGGAUAUGGUAUUCAUUUGGGUUGAAAUCUUGCUUCCAUGACAAUUUCGAUAUUGUUAUAGCCAAAGUUGCUUUGGGGGUUGGAGCUCUAAUUCUGUGCAGUUACAUCACGCUUCCUCUAUAUGCACUUGUAACUCAGAUGGGUUCGCGUAUGAAGAAAUCAGUCUUCGAUGAACAAACGUCCAAGGCUCUUAAGAAGUGGCACAUGACUGUGAAGAAGAGGCAUGCGAAAGGAGGAAAGACCCCUACUCGGACAUUGGGAAGUGUGAGCCCAAGUGUGUCUACUGUCUCUUCCUCGCACACAUUGCAACGAUUCAAAACAACCGGGCACUCAACCCGGUCAUCAUACACUUAUGAUGAUCAAGAUGUGUCUGAUGUAGAAGCCGAGGCAUUGUCACCCACAACAGCAACAACCAGCUUUAUUGUAAGAGUUGACGAUGAUGAUGAUAUUCAAGCAUCUGAAGUUGAUGUACCGCACCACGAGGAGGAAGAAACGAGAAAUGAAGAUGAUUUCUCUUUUGUAAAGCCUGCUCCUUCCAAAGAACCUUAG